AUUUACCAAACAAACAAAGCAUAAAGCUCUCUCCUUUUUGCAAUACGUGAGGUUUUUAGAGAGAGAGAGACAACAAAAUUUGUCUUAGUUUUCCAUUUGUGGGUCUGAAUUUUAACACAACCUUCCUCCUCCUCCUCUUCUUCUUCAUCCCAACCUCUUGCUCCGACCACCGCCUCAAUCUCCGCCGCCAACCACCGCCAAAAGCAAGAACAAUCUUCAUUUGGUGGAAUUUCCUUGGUGGGUUAGAAAAAACACUAAAGAAAACAGCUAAAGUCAGUGUGGUGUAACUCCAAGAAUGUAUGGAGAUUGCCAAGUGAUAUCAAGCAAUAUGGGAACAAACAUAAACCCUAAUUUCAAUUUCAUCUCCAAUUUCCAACACUUUUCUUCCAUAUUGCCUAAGGAGGAAAAUGGGGUAUUGAGAGGGAAAGAAGAUAUGGAAAGUGGGUCUGGAAGUGAGCAGCUUGUUGAAGAACAUCAAGGAAUAAUUGAAAUGGAUAGCAAUAAUGAUAAUGUUCUUCACCAAAAUUUGAAGAAGAAACGCUAUCAUAGGCAUACUGCUCGUCAGAUCCAAGAAAUGGAGGCUUUGUUUAAGGAAUGUCCACACCCUGAUGACAAGCAGAGGCUUAAACUUAGCCAAGAACUCGGACUCAAACCUCGUCAAGUUAAGUUUUGGUUCCAAAAUAGAAGAACCCAGAUGAAGGCACAACACGACAGAGCUGAUAAUGUGAUACUUCGAGCUGAAAAUGAAACCUUAAAAAAUGAGAAUUAUAGACUGCAAACUGCCCUAAGAAACAUCAUAUGCCCUAGCUGUGGAGGGCAGGGUAUCCUUGGGGAACCCAGCUUGGAUGAACAGCAGCUUCGUCUCGAGAAUGCUAGGCUUCGAGAUCAGUUGGAACAAGUUUGCUCGUUGACCACAAGAUACACUGGUCGCCCAAUUGAAGGGAUGCCCAUGCAACCAUCUUUGGAUUUGGACAUGAAUAUAUACUCGAGGCAAUACACGGAGGCCAUGGUUUCGUCCUCCGACAUGAUGUCGAUGCCCUCGAUGCUCCCGCCUGAGGCUGCCCACUUCUCGAAGGGCGACCUAUUAAUUGAUGAGGAAAAGACACUGGCAAUGGACCUGGCUGUGUCGUCCAUAGCUGAACUUGUUAAGAUGUGUCGCUCGACUGAGCCUCUUUGGGUUCGAGAUAGCGAGAGCGGUAAGGACAUUCUAAAUGUCGAAGAGCAUGCUAGGAUGUUUCCAUGGCCAUUGAACCUCAAGCAACACUUGAUCAAUGAGUUUAGGACCGAAGCCACUCGUGACAAUGCCGUUGUUAUAAUGAAUAGCAUUAAUCUUGUCGACGCCUUUCUUGAUGCCAACAAAUGGAUGGAAUUAUUUCCUUCAAUUGUGGCCAAAGCAAGAACUAUUCAAGUCAUUUCAUCAAGUGUUUCAGGCCAUGCCAGUGGUUCCCUUCAGCUGAUGUAUGCAGAACUUCAAGCCCUUUCUCCGCUUGUUCCGACGAGAGAAGCUCACUUUCUCCGAUGCUGCCAACAGAACAUCGACGAAGGAAGCUGGGCCAUCGUCGAUUUCCCAAUCGACACCUUUCACGACAGCCUUCAGCACUCGUUUCCGAGAUACAGAAGAAAGCCCUCUGGUUGCAUUAUUCAAGACAUGCCCAAUGGAUACUCUAGGGUUACAUGGGUGGAGCAUGGAGAGAUAGAAGAGAAGCCAAUCCAUCAAAUACUCAAUCACUUUGUGCAUAGUGGAAUGGCUUUUGGGGCACACCGUUGGUUGGCUAUCUUACAAAGGCAAUGUGAGAGAAUUGCAAGCCUCAUGGCUAGAAACAUCUCUGAUCUUGGAGUAAUACCUUCACCGGAAGCUAGACAAAACCUAAUGAAACUAGCACAAAGAAUGAUCAGAACUUUCUCCGUCAACAUAAGCACCUCCGGUGGCCAGUCGUGGACGGCGUUAUCUGAAUCUCCUGACGAUACUGUUCGUAUAACCACACGAAAAAUUAUCGAGCCUGGCCAACCUAAUGGGGUUAUUCUCAGCGCCGUCUCGACCACUUGGAUUCCUUAUCCUCAUUAUCGAGUCUUCGAUCUUCUUCGAGACGAACGUCGACGAUCUCAGCUAGAGGUUCUUUCAAAUGGGAAUUCGCUGCAUGAAGUUGCUCACAUUGCCAAUGGCUCUCACCCUGGAAAUUGCAUCUCUCUUCUUCGUAUUAAUGUGGCUAGCAACUCGUCCCAGCACGUCGAGCUAAUGCUGCAGGAGAGCUGCACGGACCAGUCCGGCAGCCUCGUCGUCUACACAACAAUCGACGUCGAUUCAAUUCAAUUAGCCAUGAGUGGAGAAGACCCAUCUUGCAUUCCUCUCCUCCCCAUAGGAUUUUCCAUUGUCCCUGUCGUCGGGUCUACCAUUGACGGACAUCCAUCACCACCACAAGAAGACAGUGUAGCUAACUCCGGCUGCCUCCUUACCGUCGGCCUGCAAGUUCUAGCCAGCACUAUUCCAUCAGCAAAGCUCAACCUAUCAAGCGUCACUGCCAUCAACAACCACCUAUGUAACACGGUGCACCAAAUCAACGCCGCUCUCGGCAGCCCGGCUAAUAUCGAGAACGGUAAUACCAUUGCUGAGCCUAAUAAUGCACCGGCGCCGGCACCGGCGCCAACACCCAAGCAAUAAGCCUUUGCAUGGUAGGCAAAGAAACAAGUGAGCUGCCAAUUACCCAAAAUCUCCCUCCCUCAUGCCACCCAUGACGUAGAUUCCAAGGGUAUUUUCGGUAACAUGAAAAAGAUCUAGGGUUUUUGAGUGGGAGAUUGUGGAUAAUUGGUAGAGAGAGAAGGUAAAUUAGUUUAAAAAAAAAAGUGUAAUUAAUUAAAAUUAUAGGAGUAGUUUUUGGUGGGUAAAUAAGAGAGAGAAAUAGGGUAGAUUUGAUGUGUGGAUGUGGAUCAGGGUGUAGGGUUAUUGUGGAAGUCAAGAACGCACCAGAUAAAACCCUUGGUCCCUGACAAGGCUGUCAGAAAGUGGGGCCUUGUCCAGUCAGCAAGGGUGGUGGUUCGGGCAUUGACUUCUUCUGCUUAAAUUGUGUGUCAGUCAGACGGCGUCGUUUCAGUUGCUUUUCAAUUCUUUUUUUUUAUUUAGAUGAAUUAUUAUGACUCUGAAUUUAUUGCUUC